ACGUAAAAGUGCCGCGUGUAUUUUUAGCAUGUUAUGAGGGAAAACGUAACGAUCGUUUCUAUCAAAGAUGCCCGUCGUUGCACUGGCCGAAUCAAUGAAAAUUGAUUACAUUUUCGAAUCUCAUCGUUUCAGUAGAUUUAAAUAUAAAUCCGCCAAUUUCUACCCAAGUAUAAAUACGGUGAAAGAUAAAGGCUAAGAAGGGAACUUGAGAUAAGUCAUGAAUUUCAGCAGCAUAGAACGCCGUCGUAAUGAUUUAAAAUAGUGAACGAGGCUCAGGGCGCCAUCUUGGCACGCGCCAUCUGGAUAGCGCGAGUGAAAAGUUUACGGUGGCAAAAUAUUGAAAAAGUGUUUGAAAACAUAAAUAUUUCCUUGAAAUCGGGUGUUCAGAAGUGAACAAAAUAUCUAUGGACGAUCGUCUGAUACUGUAUAAUAUACAGAGUUGUAUUCUUCUCACCAUUGAUGUAUUAUGGCUAUAUUUGAGAAGACCUAACCUCGGCAAAGAAAAAUGAGUGCCUCUGAGGAGGGAAUGAUAUAUUUUGCCUACCAAGGCGACGACGAUGACGAUGAUAGGGGUAGCAAUUUACCAGGAGCAUCCACCGAACAGCUGAUAACAUUGGGAGAAUCCAAAGGGAAGCCCGAUGGAACAACUAGGGACACCGUCAACGAUGCCGUAACAGACCACGACUACAUCGAUCUCAUUCAGGAUAAGCAAAUUGACCAAUUGUCUAACAUUGAGGAUGGAACGAUAAUCAUUAUACAUGAUCAGGAUGAAGUUGACGAGAGCGCUUCACCAAACCCUGUGGUUGUUGCUCCGCCUAAGGAACAGCAAACAUUUUCUCAAAUAACAAAUUUAUCACAAUUAAAGAAAGUAACGCCUCGAUUAAAGUUGCCUAGUUCUGAGCAAAAUUUAGUAAAGGGAUUAGCCGAGUUGAGGAAAAUGAAUACUCAAUUACGAGACAAACGAACUGCGGCAAUAUCAGAUGAGGCUAAACAACAGUUGAAAAAGUAUUGCCGGACUUGCGCGGGAUUGAAACUUCCACUGGUAGAUAUAUUCAGCGACAAAGUUUCAGAGAAUGAGGGCACAGCAGAUAGGUUCGAAGAUGUCACAGAUCCUAAUCGCAACGACGACAAUGAAUCAAUCGAGGAAUUCGACCCAGAAGAUCUACCACUACAUGCGGAUAGCUCUGAAUAUGAUGAGUCCAAUGACGAACGUGAUGAGCCUGAAUUCCAGAAGGUUAAAAAGGCAUAUACUGAGUCUGAAUCACACAAGGGAGAACUCUCGGCAACCCCUGCAGUAUAUCAAUACGAUGAUACAAAAAAGGCCUAUGUUAAAUACGAGGCUGGAGACAGUAAAGAAAAUCUGCGUAACCCAGUGAAACAGGUAAUAAAAACAGAAACCGAAGAGGAUGUCACUGAUUCAAAAGAACAGCCAAACAUAUUAAAGAAAAGACUGUCGGUACCUCUUACGUCCAAGUCAGUCCUGGAUGCUGUAGAAACCGGUCUUUCGGUAGAUUUGAAUAGUUCUACCAUCUCAGAAAAAACCCUGCAAAAGUUGAGUGUGAAUCAUCCGAUGAGCAUUGGUUCUAAAGACGAAGAUGGAAUUAUGUAUGUAACAGUUAAAGGAUCAAAGCCAAAUGAAUUGUUAUUGGUAAAAGUUAAAAAAAUGGACAAGCCAGGAGAAAAGACCGAAGAUACAAAUCUCUCCCAUACAGCGAUCGAUAUGAAACCAGUAGACAGAAUGCUAAAAAAGUAUGAGGCAUUGAAAAUGAAAGAAAAAGAUUUGUUUUCCGAUAAAUUUCGAAAACCUGACAUCAGAGAGCAAAUAAUAGAGGAACAAAUAGAAGAAUAUAAAAGAAGAAGAGAACAAGUUCUAGGCUCCAAUAGUACGAUGACCACCGACAAUGGACCAUUCAAAUCAAUAAAAACAGAAGGGAAAUCGACAUAUCGCACAUAUUCUCAAAAUACUGGAGAAGAAAGUUGUACCAUAAAAAUAAAAGACGAUCCAGGUGAUUUGGAGGCUUGCGAAGAAAAUCCAUGUAACGAAGAGUCUCGGGCAGAUGGUGAAAAAUCAGACGAGUGCCACUCAUCAACGGAUAAACCUUACCCAAGUUCUGAGGAUUACUUGGCUAGGUUGGCUCGACUUGAACAAAAAUGGGAAGAGGCUAAGCAGAAACGAGAAUCUUUGCAAAAAGAAUUUGAUGAAUCGUGUAUUGAGGGUAACCAGGAAAAAUUGGAACGAAUAUUGGGAGAAAAGGACAAAAAUUUGAAAGAGUUUGAGGAUUAUUUGAAACAGAGAAAGAUUGUGAUAAAUAGAUUGAAAGAUGAAGAUAUAAUAUCACUGUACGAGAAUAGGCACAACAUGGUGAUGAAAGAAGAUGUAGAGUUGUCGCAGAAUUCUGGUGAUGAUAUGUUUGUUAUUGAAGAAACAAUUCCCCUUGAAGAUUAUUUGGAAUGUGAUUAUUGUCCAGCUACAUUUCCUUUCAACGACGUGCUUCAAGAACACAUGAAGACGCACGAUUACAAAAUACUGCACUAUUGUGAAGACUGUAACACAGAAUUCUCAACUAACAAAGCAAGAAAAAAUCACAACAUUACGUGCAUGCAAAAGUUGAUAUGCAAAUACUGCGAAUUGAUGUUAGAUUCAAAGGGUAAAAAACGACAGCAUGAACAGAAGCAUUGCGACAGUAUGUAUGGCCAGUUAUGCGAUUACUGUGGGGAAAAAUUCAAACAUCAAGGAACGCUGGAUCAGCACAUUAAAAUGCAGCACAUGAGCUGGGAAAAAGUAUUUCAGUGUCCGAAAUGCCCUAAAAAGUUUGCAUUCAAGCAGAAGUUAAGCUUUCAUGUAAAAUCUGUCCACACAACACUGAGAGCUUUUCUCUGCGAGGAUUGUGGUGCAGAUUUUAAAAAUCCUGCAAGUUUACGGCACCAUAGGAUUCGCAAACAUCAGCCUGUGGGUAACAAAAGAGAAUGUACAGUUUGCCACAAACUGGUGCCAUUUUAUAGUCUGUCUAAGCAUAUGCAUACACACAAAGCUUACACCAUACAAUGUCCGCACUGCGAUAAGAUGUUCAAAAACAGUUCAACGCUGAAGCAACACGUUAGAAUUCAUGAGGACCAAAGACAAUACAGAUGCGAUAUUUGCGGUGUAGGAUUUAAUCGAAGAGACGGUUUAAGACUGCACAUGAGAGUGCACGAGAAAACCGAUAGUCGCGGUUUGAAGGAAUGCUCGUGCCAAGUAUGCGGCGAGAAAUUCCCGAAUCAUUCGAUGCUUGUGAUUCACAGGAACAGAGUUCACAAGGAUGGAAGACAGUACACCUGUCACAUCUGUAACAGAUCAAUGAUCUCCCCUCGGUCUUUGGAAUGGCACAUGUCCCACAUUCAUAAUCAGGCUCUGCCUGGUGAAGUGAAGUCGGAUCCGUUAGCACCUACUGAAAAGAAACGAGUAACUUGUUACCAUUGCGAAAAAACUUUUAAGACAGAAAUGAUUUUACGUACUCACAUUAAAAAUACGCAUGUUAAAAAGGAUCCUAUGAAAUGCGCCGAGUGCGAUGAGGUGUUCACGUCAGAGGUCAGAAUGCGACACCAUAUGAUGGUGGUGCACAAUAGGCUCGAGGGAACAUUGCCAUGUCCGCAUUGUCCGAAAAGAUUUGUUAAUCAACUUCGAUUAAAAACGCACAUGAUCUCACAUUCUGAAGAGAGACCGUACACAUGCGAGAUAUGCGGCUUUAAUCUGAAAACUAAAAUUCAGUUAAUAAAACAUCAUCAAAAUAGACACAGUGACGAACGACCAUUGCAAUGCAGAUUUUGUCCAUGGAGAUGCAAACAAGUCAGUGCUCUUGUUUGUCAUGAAAGAACGCACACUAAUGAAAGACCCUACGCCUGCAGUGUUUGCAGACAACGCUUCAAGUAUCUGGGUGACAAAAAUAAGCAUGAAAGAAGACAUGAAAGUUUGGGAGGAUCAGGAUUCAAGAGAAUUGUAACAGGCAGAAAUACAAAACAGCCAAAAAUACAAGCAGUGGAACUUACUUCCUGCUCCGAGCAAGAUCAGGAAGACUACGAGCAAGCUCAAGCUCAUUAUGGUAAUGAAGACCAAACCGACGAUCAGUAUGUGGAUGAAAAGAUGGAGAAAUACGAGCCCGAGGAUAUGGGAGAAGAAUACGAACAGGCAUAUGAUCAGGACUACGAGACCUCGAGAGAGGCUUCGGAAGCGGCGGAAGUUAUAAUGAACAUGGAAGAUGGUACGGUAUACACCGAGGAAGUGACUGCGGAGAACCUCGAGAGUGCGGAGAUUAUAACUGACGAAAUGACGGAUCAAAUCCUGCAGUCUGGAACAGUUGUACAUUUUCAACAGCAAGUUGAUACUGGAAAAAUACAAGUUAUUCCAGUUAUGUUAUCUUUGCCGGACCUAACUGAUGCCAAUUCUGAGGUUAAUCUUGCUACAGCUUCUAUUAUGUACAAUGCCAACGAAGAUGGAGUCCUAUAGAGGCGUAUGGCCUGUAGGCUAUUUGAAGCAAAAAAAUAGGACUUCAUCUUCGUUGACAAUGCUCAAUAAGAGAAUAUUACCUAUUGAAUAGGUCGGGUGAAGAUAUAGACUACAGAAUACUUACAGUUUCAAUGUUGCGAAUGAUGUUUUAGUGAAUUGAAUUUCAUUACAUUAGAUAUGGAACUGCAUAUCAAACUUAUACUAUCUAUUCUUUGCUCUCCGCAAUUUCUGCACACUUUCAAUUCCAUACGGUUGUAAAUUUGUUCAGAUUAUUAUUACGCUUGCUGAACAUAAUGAAGCAGCAUACACAUUUAUUUUAUUUAAGACGACUGAACUUAUUUCUCCGUAAACUUUGCAUGCAGUUCUAAGUUUAAUUACAGAUUGUUAAUAAUUAUUUAGCAGCUGUAGUAAAGGUGAUUCAAAAUCUUGCAAUUCUUUUAACGUUUUGACUUUAGUUGAGUAUUGGUAAAAGUGUUGUUAAAUAUACCUUCUUUUUCGUUUUCUUCAAAGAAAGGCAUUCGUUAUGCUCUCCUGAAAGUCGAUAAAAGAAAGAAUUAAAUUUUUCUGCAUAUUAUCUGAUAUCCAAUGAGUUGCAAAAAAUCGCCUUCUUUGUAAAUAUUAAGUAUUUGUAAGCAAAUCAUUCGGUGAAUCUAUCAAAUAUAUAGGUUUAACAAAAUAUAUAAUAUUGAUAUUCAUGUUUUUGGUAUAAUUGCUGCUGAAACAUGUUGAGAUAGCUACUUAUCAUAUAUUGAUAGGCAUGCCUACCGUGCAUAUAUUUCUGCAACUAACAUACCCAUGUAUUGUACUAAAUAUAAUGGCGUCUAGUAAAAAAAUAUCGUUGCACCAUACAUGAACUAGGUUACUAGUUAAUAUUUGUUUAAGUGUUGUCAGCAAAAUUAUAGUUUUUAUAUGACAAGCGUCAUCUCUGAGCCUGUAAAUAUGUUUCUGUGCUAUCUCCAUGAACACCUCGACUGGUUUGUAGUUUUUGACACGUAGCACAAAAAUGGGAUUUGUGGCAAGUGCGCACAUAAAGAUUUCUUGACUCGUGUAAGUUUUGAACUCGUCAAGAAAUCCCUAUUUUAUGCGCACUGACCAUGAAAUUAACUAUUUUUCAACUCUUUUCUUGAAACUCGAUUAACAGAAUUAUAAACAAACGUUAGUAGCAACAAACGCGUGCUCGACAGCAAACUAGAUGAGUUUCAACACAGGCUCAUUAUAUUUAAUUCGCAUAAUUUCUAUUGGUUUAGUUUCGCAACAUAUAAUAAGCUAAAAUCUUAGAUAAAGUAACAAAUACCCUUGUGAUUGUCACUAAAGUGUAUAAACAAAACGUCAAAAAUUAUUCGCACUUUGAAUAAUGAACUAGUACACAUAGAGUUCAUCAAAAAAAAAUUUGAUAGUAAAAUAUUGAAGUAACUUAUAUAUUUCAUUAUUUUGUAUAACAAGUUAAUCGUGGUAAAUAGACCCAAUAUAUUACAUUUACAUUGAUUCCGUAAUAUAUACUAAUUUUAAGAAUUAUAAAUAUUAGUUACAUUCAAAUUUUAGUGCGUAAUUUUACUCGGGGAGAAUGCAUCUCCAUUCGCGUAUUGAUUAAGUACCACUUGGGUACAUACUUCGGCUCAAGUUAUAAUUGGCCUUGGCAGAGAAGAACAAUUUUCCAAUUGUAUCCAAAAAAAUUUUGAUGCAACAAUAAAAUAUUUUCAAAUA